AUGAGAGGACAAUAUCUAAUACUAUGGCAUGAGCUUGGUGAUAUAAGCAAUGCAGGAUUAUGGACAGUAAAGCCUGAUAGCCAAGGUGGCGCCACACCUACGAGUAGCUCGGUGCGGCAGUAUGUCAACCAGACCGUGGUCCCCGGCCACGGCAUCAACCCUGUCUCGGCCUCGCGCGCCUCCGCCACUCUCCUCACCAACCUCAAAGGAGAGGCCCGGUUCCUGGGUCGCGAGCUGCGUGCCGCCGCCGUCAUUGACCCCGCCAACCUCUGGCCUAACGGUGACUGGUGCCCGCCUGCCUUCUUGCCCCUGGGCAACCUCCCUGAAUCCCUCCUGAGGGAGAUGCGGAACUUCUCUGCCCUCGUUGCCGACAGCAGGGGUCCCCAGUGGCUCCCCCGGCUGUGGAACCCAGCUCCUGGCCCCCAUCCUGUUGGCGUGCUCUGCGCUGCUAUGUAG